ACUGGCACGAGUCCACACGACCGACACACCUUGAACUUGCCGACGAAGUGCCUCGCGGUCACGGAUGGUCGAUGGCGUUCCCAAGGCUUGGUGAGGCCAUGAGGUGAGGAGGAUAAACACGCGCUUGCAGCUCCUAGUGAGGAGUGUCUUGUCUUUAGUUCACAGGCAGCUGAAUCCGUUCAGCGUAGCUAGAUUCUCCUGGGAGGCAUAGCGGAUUCAUGCGAUUGUGGUAAGACUGACGAGCCCAUGUCACUCCUGUAUUCUCCUUGACUUCUGUCGUAAGAUAGGGAUCGUUCGCCGCGAAAGCGAGAUUCAUUUCCCUGCAUACUCUAUUUAUUGGUCGUCUUGGCUCUCGCCUGCGCACACUGUGCAACACCCAUCGACAACCCAAAGGCGGAACUUAACGACGCGCAAUCAUGGUGCGCUGGCACGUGCCGGGUCUGUCCACCGGGAGCGGCUCGAGCAUAGACGCAGUCGCAGUGAAGGGCGACACGGCGAAACUGCAGAAGCUUCUACGAAAGGGCGCGGACGUGAAUGCGCGCGCGCGGGAGUCGGUGCUGGUGGGACGGCGCCCGCUGCAUGCUGCCGUGGCGGCGGGGAACGAGGCCAUGGUCGAGGCGCUUCUCGCUGCUGGUGCUGACGUGGACGGAAAGGACGAUUUCGGUCGCACGCCUCUUCACUAUCUGGCCGCCAGUCCCUCCCCGCGUCUGGGCAUCCUCUCGCAUCUGCUCAAUGCGGGCGCCGACUACGCCAUGAGGGACAGGGGUGGCAGCAUGCCCAUCCACGUGGCCAUGGCAGCAAGCCACGUGGCGGUGCAGGAGGCGCUGACGGCGUUCGCGUUGGAGCACAGCGCGGAGUUCGCGUUCUACGAGUCGGGCCAGUGGCGCCCCUUCGACGGCGACGCCGCCCGCCUGCUGGGCUUCGAGCUCGCGGAGGGCGUGGGCUUCGCUGCCCUCGCCACCGCUACUGGCGCGCACUACAUCGUCGACUUCCAGCAGCAGCUGCAGUUCAACGUGUCGUCCUUCUUCUGCAAGUCCAUCAGCUGGCGCGUGCUGCCCAACGGCCGCUGGAACCGACCCCCUAACCCGCACCAGGGCCUCCACCCGGGCAGCCAGGAGCCGCGCCUCAUGCACCGCUACGACGACCAGCUGCGCUCCCUCGCGCAGUCCGGCGUCGACAUCUGCCCUGUCUACUUCUCCCUCACCGGCCUUCCCCAACCCCUGCUCUCACAACCAGCGCCCAGCGCUCAGCUUGUCUCCCGCCUUUCCUCGUCCCCACGCCAUGACGGUGAGGAUGAUGCAGAUGAUGGUGAUGGGAAUAGGCCGUCUUCCUCAUCAGCUGCUGUGGCUGCAGCUGCUGCCGUCAUGCCCUCUGCUCUGCAAAUGUCUGAUGACGCCAGCAGUGAGAUCUCCCACUCCGAACCAAACACUCCUCUGGCUCGGCGCCAACCGGGGCGACGCGCAGCUGGUUCGGAUGACGACACGCUGCCGAAGCUGCAGGUUGUGAGGUCCGGCACGGAGGAGUACGACGAGACUGUGGCUCGGUUUGUGGCUGGAAUGCUGAGGGAUAGGGAUGACCGCCCCACCAGCUUCAGACAGAACAGUGUGAGCGGUGGGGUGGUGGAGCAGGAGGACGGCAUGAGGCCUGUCACCGUGUCCUCCGUGCAGCGGGUGCUGCUGCCUGCCAGCCUCACAGAAGCCUUUGAGGCGGCUGUGAGGGAGCUCAAGGGAGCAAGGGGAGGCGAUGGCAAUGUGCGGCUGGCCUGGCAUGGCGCCCCUCGGAUUGCCAUUGAACGCAUAGUGUCAAGUGGCUUCUCCCUGUCCUCGUCAGCUGCUGCCCGCAACGGCAGGCUGUAUGGUGAUGGUGUGUACCUGGCACCGGAACAGAGGGCCUACACAAGUGCAGAGUUUGCAGUGGCUGAUGGAGAGGGGCGCAAGCACAUGCUGCUUUGUCGUGUGGCCCUUGGCUCAAUCGAGGCUAUUCCGUUUGGGUCUUCCCAACGACGGCCUAGUAGCUUGCGCUUUGACACCGGAGCUGACAAUGUUAAUGACCCUUCACGCUAUGUGGUAUGGGAGGAGGAUGUGAAUGAUCUGGUGCUACCCACCCAUGUGGUUUCGUUUCGCUAUUGUUAAGGUCAUGAUUUCUAGAAUACAUGUGAAAUAUAGUUGAGUGAAAUAUAUAUUAAACAUUGUGACGCAUU